GCCUCUUGCACCUUGAGGUAUAAAUGUAGCUCAGAACCCAUAACGCGGCUUGGUUCGUGUGGAUCUGCCUUUUCCAGGAGAAGAAGGAGAAGCUUCUCCGCCGUCAGAAUGCCUAAGCAAAUCCAUGAGAUUAAAGAUUUCCUUCUCACUGCAAGAAGGAAAGAUGCACGCUCGGUGAAAAUCAAGAGAAGCAAAGAUGCGGUCAAGUUCAAGGUUCGUUGCUCCAAGUACCUGUACACACUUUGUGUGUUUGACUCAGAGAAGGCUGACAAGUUGAAGCAGUCUCUUCCCCCAGGUUUGAGUGUGCAAGACCUGUGAACUGGAAUACCCUGAGCAUGUCAGAUGGUUGCUAGGUGUUGAGAAUUGGAAAACUUAUCUUUUAUGGUAGUGAUUAAAAUACUUUUGUAAUGAAUUGUUAUUGCAUGCUGCAAUUGUUUGGUGGAUGGUGUUAGUUUAUUUUCUUCAAUUAUGGCAUUUAGACUUGCCUCUUCUUCAUUUUAAUGCAAUUACCAGUUUUGAAGUGUGCUUUCUGCUA